AUGCCUACCUACCUCCGCACCACCUCCCCAUCCUCCCCGGGACCCCGCUCCUACUCCUUUCCUCCCUGCGACCCACCCAUCCCCAUCUCCCACCCUCCCUCCACCUCUUCCCGGAGUAGGACCCAAUUUCAGACCCCCUCCCCUUCCCAAGACCUACCAGACAUCGACGACGACCCCUUCGCCCACUUCAUCUCCCCCGUCUCCGACGACGACGACCCAUACGACGUCCUCUCCCUCAGCGCAGGCAUCAUCGUAUCCGACGCCACGUCCUCCGCGUCAGCAACCUCCACGUCCCCCAAGACGAGCAAAUUCAAGUCGUCGGUCGCGGAGAAGUGGGCCCGGUACGUGCGGCUGCAUCACGUGCAGCUCCAUCAGCGGUAUCAUGACGAUGACGAUGAUGAUGGUGAUGGGGUUGCAGGGAGAGAUGACGGAGACGAUAGGGAAGAGGAAGAAGAAGAUGAUGAGUCCUUUGUACAGCUCGACGAUGAUCGGCUGCUGGAUACGUUGCACACGGCGCCUCAGCUUCGCGGUCCACCGCCCAUUUUCAUCUCCCCUCCCGCCUCGCCCGAGCAGGAAGACGAGGAAGACGAAGAUGAAGAUGAAGAUGAAGACCUCGGACUCACGCUGGAGAUGGAGCCCACGCGCGGCCGCGCGCAGGAACUGCUCGCCAGCGGGAAGAAGGCGGCGGCGAAGGCGAGGGUGAGGCCGAGGGCGCGGGGCCGUCGCCGGUAUGGGAAUGCCGCGGCGCUGAUGGGCGCGACGAGGAGGAGGAGGUCGUGGAGGGAGCCGAGUCCGGACUUGUUUACCGUCGAGGAGAGCGCGAGUGAGGGGGAUGAGGCGUAG